CUCUGCGCAGAACAUUAUUAUCUGCUGUCUGCAGGUUGUGUGUGCUCCUGUCGGUAGUUUCACUUUAUCUGAUAAUCAUUGACAUCUGAGUUCACCUCGGCGCUUCAAGCUGAUUUGCAGCACGAUUAAAAACUUUUCUUGGCUUUUGCACCCUGACGGACACGCCCUCUGCGACGCUAUCGCACUGAUCGGAAUUUUUUCCCCGCUUCAUUUCAUUGUAAAACCGGAAUAAAAUGGCUUAUCCAGGAUACGGCGCAGGCCCCGGUGGAUUCCCAGGGAUGCAGCAACAAGAUCCUCUCUAUGGAUAUUUUUCUGCAGUUGCUGGACAGGAUGGACAGAUUACACCUGACGAGCUGCAGCGCUGCCUCACACAGUCCGGCAUCUCCGGAUCGUACCAACCCUUCAGCAUGGACACAUGCAGACUGAUGAUCAACAUGCUGGAUAGGGACAUGUCUGGCACCAUGGGCUUCCCUGAGUUCAAGGACCUGUGGCAGGCGCUGAACGGCUGGAAGAACACCUUCGCCUCCUUCGACCGCGACCACAGCGGGAUGGUGGAGGGCCACGAGCUGCAGCAGGCCAUCGGCUCCUUGGGUUACAAUCUGAGCCCUCAGGCGAUGAACUGCAUCAUGAAGCGCUACAGUGUGAGCGGCAGGAUCCCCUUUGAUGAGUUUGUGGCCUGCUGCGUGAGACUCCGCGCUCUGACUGAUCAGUUUCGUCGGAGGGACACCGCUCAAAAUGGCAGCGCCUUGUUUCAGUAUGACGACUUUAUCCAAGUGACCAUGAGCAUAUGAAGAGGAGGAGGAGGAGAAGCAACGGGGACAGGCCUUUUAACAUCACUCCAUACUAACAGCAUGUAAUUUUUUGUGUAAACUGUCACAUUCUUUUUUACAACAAACUUUGUUUUGUAAUUCACAUGUGUAUCGAUCUGAAAAUAUAGCAAUCUAAUAUAGUGUUGACGUCAUUUAUGAAAGAAUUUUACCUGAAUGGUCGCUACAUUGGCCUGUCAUAGAACUCAAGUGAAUAUGUAUAAGAAUAAAGAAAAAUAUUUACUGAUAA